AUGGGCCCUAGAGCGGAUUCAUCCUUGUCUGUUGAGGCACCGGAAUCCGCCGGUGGGCCCAAGGAAGUAGGCACGUCUCGCCCUGUAAAAACUGAAGAACCUACCGACUCCUAUCCUAAGAGGCCCUUUGAACCAGAGCUAUCUGAGUACGAAGAUGUGUUCCAGAAUUGUUGCCGAUUCCUUAUUUUGUUGGAUAGGUGCUUGACCAACUAUCCGAAAGAAAAUCCUCUGAUCACUGAGAUGGUGAAAGCUUUUCUACAGCUAGCUUGGGAGCCAAUCGAAAUGAGCAAGCAUCGAGGAUCCGAUCUCUGGCCGGAUGGGUUAGAGAGCCCUUGGGAGUUCCCCCCGCCGUAUGCCCGAUUCCUGAACUGGGGAGAUUAUAAGAAUUGUGGCUAUGGUGGACAGGAUAUCUAUGUCUAUGCUAUCACGACUCAAGUUCUUGUCUGGCGGGCGGUUAAGUCUACAAAUAGGCUACUUAACCUAGUGUGCAAAGAUCAAAAGUGGAGAAAAUGGAUGGACGACCAAAGUUUAGACGACAAGGCAAUUAGGGAUCGGGCAAUAGAGGCCUUCCACCUCCCUGGGACUGACACGGGUCAAACCCCUGUUCCAGACCGUUUUGUUUCAAAAAUUGAAGGCCAUGUCAGAGAACCCUUUCCGGAGAAUUGGGCUUGCAUUAUUGCAAUUCCAUCAUUUGUUGAGGAUUUCUUCUUCGACAACAAUAAACCGAUAUCUGCUUGGACAGAGACACUUAGAUAUUACGAUAAAUACAUCGACUCCAUCAAGUCACAAACACCAAACACCUGGGAAUCCUUUAUGCGCUACGAGCUCGCAAUUGACAGAGAUCGCCGUCAGGAGUUGCGGGAGGGGUUGGAGGCAAGAGCUUACUCGGUUGGGCUUUUUCCUGGUAGACCGGUCGCCCCUGAUUCCCAUUGUCCUUCUACUACUGCUUGGGAAAUAGUUACAUAUGUGCUCAGUUCGGAUCAUGCUGAGUUGCCGCAUCCUCAGCCCAGAAUUCCAAAGUAA